UCAGCAUAAACAGAGCCCAUAAACAUAAACACUCUCUAUCUGCAGAAAUCAAAUAACAGAGAAAAGAAUCAUAAGAAAAUGCAUACCAUACACUUUGAGUGUAUAGUUCCACUAUCAAUAACCAAAAACUCUCUCUUUACACACAAAACAACAACCCCAUUAUCCCUAUUAACCUUAUCAUCAUCAUCUUCUCAAAAUUCCACUGUUAGAACAAGAGCAGGUUGGUUUUUAGGUCUAACAUCAGAUAACAAGAAGAAGAUGAAUUUGCCUGAUACUGUUAAAGCUGGUGACCCUGUUUUGCAUGAGCCUGCUCAAGAAGUUGAUAUUAGUGAGAUUAAUUCUGAGAAAAUUCAGAAAAUUAUUGAUGAUAUGAUUAGGGUUAUGAGGAAAGCUCCUGGUGUUGGUUUAGCUGCUCCUCAAAUUGGAAUUCCUUAUAGGAUAAUUGUUUUGGAAGAUACCAAAGAGUAUAUUAGUUAUGCCCCAAAGGAAGAAAUAAAAGCACAAGAUAGAAGACCUUUUGAUCUUUUGGUGAUCUUGAAUCCCAAGCUGAAGAAUAAGAGCAACAAAACUGCCCUAUUUUUUGAAGGGUGUUUGAGUGUUGAUGGAUAUAGAGCUAUGGUGGAGCGAUACCUUGACGUUGAAGUUACAGGUUUGGAUCGUAAUGGCGAACCAAUCAAAAUAACUGCUUCUGGAUGGCAGGCCCGGGUUUUACAACAUGAAUGUGAUCACUUGGAUGGAACUCUAUAUGUUGAUAAGAUGGUACCUAGAACUUUCAGAAUCAUUGAAAAUUUGGACCUACCUCUUGCACAAGGGAGCCCGAAACUUGGUCCUCGGUAACCCAAGUUUUGCAACUCGCCGCCUCGGAUAAGCCCAUAAACCAGGUUUCUUGUGCAUGUUAGUCAAAAUUUUACAUUUGUAGAUCCCAAAAUGUAGACCAGAUUCAAUGUGUUAUAAUUACUCUUGAUUUGAGAAUAAUCAUCAAUUUUCAAUGUCGAAUUUUGUUAUUGCAUUA